AUGAAUGGAGAAGUCGUUGGGUAAACUCCAAGCACAAGUCUGACUACGGAGAGUGGAAACUAACCGCAGGAGACUUUUAUGGAGAUGCUGCGACGGACAAAGGCCUACAGACAAGCCAGGAUGCGCGCUUCUAUGCAGCCUCUGCCCGGUUUGAGCCCUUUAGCAAUGAGGGCAAGACUCUUAUCAUCCAGUUCACAGUCAAGCAUGAGCAGAAGAUAGACUGUGGGGGUGGAUACGUGAAGGUCUUCCCCUCAACACUGGAUCAGACUGCAAUGCAUGGAGAUUCUCAGUAUUACAUCAUGUUUGGCCCUGACAUCUGCGGCUACAGCACCAAAAAGGUCCAUGUCAUCUUCAACUACAAGGGCGUUAAUCACCUCAUCAAGAAGGAGAUCAAGUGCAAGGAUGACGAGCUGACACAUCUGUACACCCUGAUCCUGAACCCGGAUCAGACCUAUGAGGUGAGGAUCGACAACGAGAAGGUGGAGUCUGGCACUCUGGAGGAGGACUGGGACUUCCUGCCAUCCAAGAAGGUCAAGGACCCAGAGGCCAAGAAACCCGAGGACUGGGACGACCGCGCCAAGAUCGACGACGCCGAAGACGUGAAGCCAGAGGACUGGGACAAAGCAGAAAACAUCCCUGACCCCGAUGCCAAGAAGCCGGAGGAUUGGGACGUGGACAUGGAUGGAGAAUGGGAGCCGGCCAUGAUCCCCAACCCCGAAUACAAGGGAGAAUGGAAACCCAAGCAGGUGGACAAUCCCGACUACAAAGGAGCGUGGGUGCACCCCGAGAUCGACAAUCCCGAGUACAGCGCUGAUGCAGCCAUUUACAAGUUUGACGACAUUGGAAUCCUGGGCCUGGACCUGUGGCAGGUCAAAUCUGGCACCAUUUUCGACAACUUCCAGAUCACAGAUGAUAUCAAGGAGGCAGAAGACUUUGCCACCGAGACAUGGGGAGCCACAAAGGAACCAGAGAAGAAGAUGAAACAAGACCAGGAUGAGCUGAAGCGGAAGGAGGAGGACGAGAAGACCAAGGAGCAGGACGCUGAGGCCGAAGACGAAGUCGACAACGACAUCGACGACGGGCGAUGA